AUGGAGGAUUGCAAACCAAUCAAUACAACGGUGGAAUGCGGGAUCAAGCUAUCAAAGAAUGAUAAAGAGGAAAAGGUGGAUCUGACACUAUACAAGAGCUUGGUGGGAAGCCUACGGUACUUAACUUGCACAAGGCCGGAUAUAUUGUACGCUACAGGGCUCGUAAGGCGCUACAUAGAGAAUCCAACCACUACUCACUUCAAGGUGGCUAAGAGAAUACUCCGAUAUCUCAAAGGUACGAUCGACUAUGGCCUAUUAUAUUCAGCUACUAACGAUUACAUGCUUGUUGGCUACAGUGAUAGUGACUGGGCUGGUGACACUGAUGACCGAAAGAGUACAAGUGGAUAUGUGUUCUAUAUGGGAGACACUGCCUUCACUUGGAUGUCUAAAAAACAGCCCAUUGUCACAUUAUCAACCCGCGAAGCCGUAUAUGUGGCUGCCACCUUCAAUUUUUGUCAUGCAAUUUGGCUCAGGAGUUUAUUAUCGGAGCUCGAGUGGCCACAAAGGAGCCAACAACUAUUUGUGUGGAUAACAAGUCGGCCAUUGCGCUAUCCAAAAAUCCAGUGUUCCACAACCGAAGCAAAUACAUCGACACCCGCUACCACUACAUCAGAGAAUGCGUUGCAAAUCAGGAGAUUCAAGUUUGAGUAUGUGAAGUCGCAAGAUCAAGUUGCUGAUAUCUUCACAAAGCCGCUCAAGCAUGAAGACUUUAUCAAGAUAAGGACAUUGCUCGGAAUGACAAAUCAAGUUUAA